AACGCGACUGCACCAUCGAAGCAUCAACCACCAACCCCCACUGCUAUAAGUGUGGCUCAAACUCAGCCAUUUAUGCUCUGCUCCCUCACCUCCGACGACUUCUCUUCCCUCCGGCGACCUCAUUCAUCCGCACAAAAAUGGCUUCUCAAGUUCCUAGAAUCAAGCUCGGAUCUCAAGGCCUCGAAGUGUCCGCACAGGGGCUCGGCUGCAUGGGCAUGUCCGCCUUCUACGGCCCCCCCAAGCCUGACUCCGACAUGAUUGCUUUAAUCCACCAUGCCGUCGAACGCGGCAUCACUCACCUCGAUACUUCCGACGUCUAUGGCCCAUUCACCAACGAAAUCCUCGUUGGAAAGGCUCUCAAGGGCGGCGUCAGAGAUAAGGUUGAAUUGGCCACCAAAUUCGGUAUUAGUUUUGCUGAUGGCAAGAGGGAAAUACGCGGAGAUCCGGCCUAUGUAAGAGCCGCUUGCGAGGCCAGUUUGAAGCGCCUCGAUGUCGAUUGCAUCGAUCUCUAUUACCAGCAUCGGAUUGAUAAGAGGGUUCCGAUUGAAGUCACGAUUGGAGAGCUUAAGAAAUUGGUGGAAGAAGGUAAACUGAAAUACAUAGGUCUAUCUGAGGCUUCAGCUUCCACAAUCAGAAGGGCACAUGCUGUUCAUCCAAUAACAGCUGUGCAGCUUGAGUGGUCUUUGUGGUCAAGAGAUGUUGAAGAAGAGAUCAUUCCUACUUGCAGGGAACUUGGCAUUGGAAUUGUGGCAUACAGCCCUCUUGGACGAGGUUUCUUCUCAUCUGGGCCCAAGCUUGUUGAAGGUCUCCAAAAUAAUGAUUUCCGGAAGCAUUUGCCACGGUUCCAAGGCGAAAAUCUCGAGCACAAUAAAACUGUAUUUGAGAAGGUUAGCGCAAUAGCAGAAAGAAAAGGGUGCACCUCAUCGCAGCUGGCUCUGGCCUGGGUUCACCACCAAGGAAAUGAUGUGUGUCCAAUUCCCGGAACGACUAAGAUUGAAAAUCUCAACCAGAACAUUGGAGCUUUAUCCGUUAAACUCACACCUGAAGAACUGGCCGAGCUCGAAGGCCUUGCUUCAGUUGAUGCAGUCAAAGGCGAUCGAUAUUCAAGCUCCCUGGCGACAUGGAAGGACUCUGAGACACCACCCUUCUCUUCAUGGAAAGCCUCUAUCUAAGCUGCUUGGCAUGGUAUGGGCUUGUCAUUGUGUUUUCAGAGUCUGCUGCCUGUGUGUUCUGUUAUCGUUUUUCAAUAAAAAGAAUGUUACAACCAUCUUUGAUUCAGCUGAAAGUUGACCAAAAUGCCAUGAUUUGUCAACUGUCACUGGGACGAUGGUCUUGUGUGUACUGUACUCGAACAUGAGAAAUGUUUAUGACAAUUGAGUUUUAGCUUGGGAUU